CUGCUGUUACACAGAGAGCGAGUGCCGCCUCACGGCUGCCUGUUAAAAAAGCGACUGAUCUCCGUACGGAAAUCGAGGUUCUACACUGACAAAGCAACUCAGCUCUUUGCCCCUCAAGCAAGCUGUUCUGGUGACACAAGGGACCAGCUGUUCCCUAGGAGUGUCUGGCGGGAGCCAUACAACCUUAUCGACAUAUUUCAGAGCUGUAUCUAAAUACUGACAAAGCCUCUUGUGCAGCAAUGACUGUCGUAGAGGAAAAUCGUCCUUUUGCCCAACAACUAUCCAAUGUCUACUUUACGAUACUUUCACUGUUCUGCUUUAAGCUUUUUGUGAAAAUCAGCCUUGCAAUACUGAGCCAUUUCUAUAUUGUAAAAGGGAACCGUAAAGAGGCAGCCAGAAUAGCUGCUGAGUUUUAUGGAAUUCCUCAAGGACAAGGUUCUUGGGCAGAUCGCUCACCGUUACAUGAAGCAGCAAGCCAGGGACGCCUCCUUUCUCUAAAAACCUUAAUUGCACAGGGAUACAAUGUAGAUGCUCUGACCAUCGAUCAAGUGACUCCACUGCAUGAAGCAUGCCUAGGAGAUCAUGUAGGGUGUGCUAGAAUUCUUCUUGAAGCAGGAGCAAAUGUGAAUGCCACAACAAUUGAUGGAAUGACACCCUUAUUCAAUGCAUGCUCAAGGGGAAGUGCAUCUUGUGUAGAGCUUCUCUUGGAGUAUGGUGCCAAAGCUCAGUGGGAGACAUGUCUCCCUUCUCCAGUUCAUGAAGCAGCCAGCAGAGGUCACAGUGACUGUCUAGAGCUGCUGAUCUCUUGGGGCAUAGAUGUUGACCAAGAUAUUCCUCACCUGGGAACACCUCUAUAUGUAGCUUGCAUUUCACAGCAGAAACAAUGUGUACGCAAGCUUCUGCAUUCAGGCGCAAAUGUACAAAAAGGAAAGUUCUUGGAAACUCCACUACACGCAGCUGCAAGGAAACCUAGUACAGAAAUAAUAAAUGUGCUUCUUGAGUUUGGGGCAGACAUAAAUGCCAAAAAUACAGAGUUUGAAAGACCUGUAGAUGUAGCUUCUCCACGCAGUUUGGUGGAAAGAGUAUUGCUUCUACAUGAAGCUGCUCCAUGUUCUCUUUGCCAACUGUGUCGGCUACAUAUCCGAAACUACAUAGGAAGAGCCAGGUUGCAUCUUGUACCACAGCUCCAGUUGCCAACCAUAUUGAAAGAUUUCUUGCAGUACAGAUAAAGUUGUGCCCUGCUGUUCAAAAUGUGGGAGGAAACCCCUCCCCCGAGUAUUUUACUAUAUGUUACACAUAAACUGUUGGGACAGGGAAAAGAGAGCAUAAACCAACUUUUACAUACUAACAUAUAUCUAACAACUGAAGUGAUAAUCUAAUGAUAUUUGAGAUUCCUUGAGCAACCUGAUGACAAGGUGCUAAUAUAAUUACAUAGAAAUUCUCAUACUCUUGAAAUGUGCUAGACACUUUAAUGAAGCAUUUACUGAUCAGCCACUCCAUUAAUUUUACCUUUGUUUAGGAUCUUUAAUGGGGAUUGUUCUUCACACAGGGGCUACGCAGUUUUAGUUAUGUUCUUGCAGGGAUUCUGGUGUCCUCCAGUUAUUUUGCCUAUUACAUUUUCCAAGACGUAUUUAUUAUUGUUAGGGGAAGGAUUAGAAUUUCUAUCCCUAGUCCUUAGAGGGGAAGUUGUCUAUUUAAAUGUUGUUGCUCCUUCAAGAACUGCUCUGUUCUUUGUUCACUGGAGGAGGGGAUGAUGCAGCUGGAGAAAAUGGGGAAGCUGCAGUUGCCAUGAGCAACAGCUUUUUCAUUGGACUCUAGGCUUGAAGAGCUGGAGUGGAAUCAACAUGUGUCUAGCCCAAAAACUCUCUCAAAGUGUUGUGUGAGUGAUGCUAUACCAUGGGGGGGGGAGGGAGACCAUUUUGAAAGUUUGAGGCUUGUACAUUUGUAUGAGAUGUUUGGUUCACUGAAGCAGUUUAAUUAUUGUUUGGCUUUGUUAUAUUCUGCUUCAAGAUGUUAUGUUUGUAUGGGAUGUUAGAUGCAGUCUAUAAAUAUAUAUACAUUUCAAAAGACAAAUAAGGCUUUCACCUUGUCUUCCCUGUCUAAGCACUUCAUAAAGAACAGGUAGUGUGAAUGCAUUUCUCUUUCUUUGCAAUCAGCUACACAUGACACUAUAUCAAACACACCACCAUGAACAAUUUAAUAUACAAAGGUUUUACUCCAGCCCUGGUUUUAUCAUACUGAUAUUCAGAAGUUAUUCUGUAUAGAUGCUCCCUCACAAAAGCCAGAGAGUUCAGGGCCAGCUCCAGAGGACAGCCAGCCUGGGCCCCGGCUGAGGGCCCAUGCAGCCCAGAGGGGCCCCUCCUUAGGGUGGGAGGGUAGCACUCUCAUUCUGCAAACCACAGCAGUGUUGACCCCAGACCUUGCCGCAGAAUGCAGAGAGGGAGUUCCCAGCCCCUCCAUACAGAUUGCGUGGGCCUGCAAUGCCUGUCUGCAUGCCCCACCUACCUCUCCCAUUGCAGUGAAUAUUGAGUGCGCUGCACAUGCAUACCUGUCAUCAGCCAAGAUGCUGACAGAGGUUUCUGUAAGGGGCUGACACCCCACUGCCAUCUUGGUUGAUGGCAGGCACACGCACGGACCUAGUGUAGGGCACAAACAUGCCAUCAACCAAGAUGGUGGCGGGGGCAUCAACCCCUUACGGAAGCCCCUGGUGCCAUCUUGGUUGAUGGCAGCCAUGCACACGCAUCGUGCAGGGCAUUCUCAAGAAGUGAUGGAGCGGUAGGUGGGGCAGGUGCCAUGGGCCUGGGGCAGGCUGGUGCCCAAGGGCCCAGUCAUGCCUGGCGCCGGCCUUGAGAAAGUUAAUUGAUUACAGGUUCAGAGGAGGGCAACAAAGUUGAUCAGGGGACUGGAAACAAAGUCCUACGAGGAGAAACUGAAAGAACUAGGCAUGUUUAGAUGUGAUAAGUCUGAAGGAAGAUAUGAUAGCACUCUUCAAGUACUGGAAAGGCUGUCACACAGAGAAGGGCCAAGAUCUCUUCUUGAUCAUCCCAGAGUGCAGGACAUGGAAUAAUGGGCUCAAGUUACAAGAAGCCAGAUUUCGACUGAACAUAAAAACUUCCUGUUAGAACAGUACGACAAUGGAACCAGAGUGGUGGUGGGCUCUUCCAACACUGGAGGCAUUCAAGAGGCAGCUGGACAGCCAUCUGUCGGGUAUGCUUUAAUUUGGAUUCCUGAAUUGAGCAUGGGGUUGGACUCAGUGGUCUUAUAGGUCCCUUCCAACUCUACGAUUCUAUGUGUAGGUUUUAAAUUUGUGAUAGGUAUUGGCCUCCACUGUACCCUGUAAUUAAGGUAGUCAAAGGCAGUUUGGUGCAUUGCUAACCAACAGUUGAAUCCUAAGCAUGCUUAUUUGGAAAUAAGCCCCACUAUAGUACUGAUACACAGGACUGCGUGCCAUAACUGUACCACCCUAAUUAUAUGAAAACUGCCUGGUGGACAAAUGGAUUUUAGAAAAAAGCACCAUAUUAUCUCGCUGAAUGUAGCAGUGCAGCUUCUGACUAUGUAACCCACCCUGUUCAUAUGCCACUCUAGGCCAGCAAAUCUUCAUUCUUUUGCAUCAAUUCCAGUAUGUCUUACUGAAACAAUAGUGGGGGGAAAGCAGCUAUAGCUAAACUUCAGGGAAGAUACAAAAGGAGUGCAAAUCUAUGGACAAGCUGAUCAGUCACCUUAUACUGUUUUGCUUAUUAGCUGUUCAAACUCAUUUUUAUUGUUCAAAUCAUUAUUUCUGUUAGCACCUGAUCUGGCAUAUGUUACCAAAUUCUUCCAAGCUACACAGGAAGUGGAUUGGACUGUGAAAGACCAACCCAAAUGGUGUUUGCAUUUUGACCAAUUUGUAGGGCAGUACAAUAUCUCAGAGAGGAGUUCAGGUCUCCUGCUCCCCUGGUGCAUUCACUAUAGCUGCCCAAUUUCCCUGCUUUUUAGUUUGAUAGAAUAGCUGUGGGCUAUAAGUAUGUUCUUAAACCGCAAGGUUUUUUGCCUAUUAGUGAAUAACCUUUGUAGCUUUGUGUCUUAUGACACAGAUCACAGGAAUCUGCUUUGUCCUUCCUAGUUAUCCAAAAAUAUUAUUUUGCUCUUUACACUUUCAUGACAUUUUAGAAACAGCCUUUGACAGAAUCUGGAGAUAUGUCUUUACUAGAGAUGUCUUGUUUAAUUGGCUGCUGCAGUUCCUUGCCAUAUGCUCAGGCAAAGAAAGAAAGGCUCAGUCAGCCAGAAAUUAAGGAUGUUUCACACAAUCAUUUGUUCAGAACUGAAGAAGCUGGUUUUGAAGAGUUACUUGGAGGGAGAAAAAAUAAAUAAACUGGUACCAGGAGAUGUCUCAGACACCAGAGGCAGCAUGGCAGAAAUCAGGAGAAAGAAUGGGAGGAGAAAAUAAGAAGGGAAUCAACUGGGAAAAAAUCAACAUAAAAUCUUGACAAAUGGCUUUGUGACUUAUCCAUAAAGUGACAGAUGCUGGCAAUCUGAAUAUGGAACUGGCAUCCUACUGGGUCCCAAGGACAUAUUAUUACUCUAAGAGGUUUUGAUGGUUAAGCAGCAUAUUAAAUCCUGUUAAAUAACAAUAAUAAAAUAUUAUACAUCCUAGGAUUUGGUUACAAGCUGUUGUCAUGAGCCAAAAGCUCCAAAUGAUAAGAAACACAUGUGCAGCAAUAUUAAAGUUUUGAAUGACUAGGAAGUUAACUAUCAUAGUUUUCAAGGAUCCAAACUUAGAAGCAAAUAAAUAAGCAACCUGGAUUGGAGUGUGUACAUAGUCUGUGAUACAUGAGCCUAAACUCACUUGGAUGCAGGCUUCAUAGAAAUGUUGGGAUAUUUUACUGGCGAGUCUGGCACAGAUAAACGUUAAUCAAUUUAACAAAUAUUGUCUUACCCGGGCCCAAGACAA